AUGAUGCCCCGUCGCUCCGGCCGGCUCCCCGAGCGCCCCCGUGACCAAGCGCAGCGCGACGCCAUCCGUACCGACGAAGACCUCGUCACCCUCACCAGCGACUUGCUCAAGUCCGCCACCCGCAACGCGCAGCGUUACAACACCCCCAUUGCUCUCUGGCGCGUCGCCUUCGCGACCGACACGCACCGCCACGCCGUCGAGAGCCUCCGCCGUCAGGUGGAGUGCAUCCGCCGCUUCAACGGGCUCGUGCACGACUACGCGCGCUGGGACGCCGAGGACGCGCGCUACCAACUCGAAGUCGCGCGCUACGCCGCCCAGCGGGCCCACUGGCGCCGCGAGGCCUAUCGCCUCCGCGUCCAUGGCCGAAGCGUGCGCGCCGUCACUAAGCCGUGA